UCCAUUAAAAAAAAAAAAUCCACGUAAUGUUUUUGGAAUAGAUAUGUGUGUUUUCUUUUCGAAUCUCUGUUGCCAGGGCUGUCAUUUCCCUAUGAGGCAGGAUCUUGAUCAGCCCUCGUGUCCAGCAGAAUACAGCAGAAUUCAGGCUGUGGCAUUGUCUCACACAUGCAUGGCCCCACAGAACAGAAGACUGGCCCCCGUUGCCAGCUCACUAUGUGUAAAAUACUCCCAUCGGGCAGUUCUGGUCACCGGAGGACUCCUCGCUUUUUCAGGAAUGGCACUGGGAUUUCUUGGGCUCAACAUGGUCUGGAUGUAUGCAACAACUGGCUUCCUACAGGGACUUGGGAUUUCCUUUUCAUGGACACCAGCCAUUAGUAUUGUUAGCCAUUAUUUUUCCAAGAAAAGAGCUUUGGCUAAUGCUAUUGCCAGUGCUGGAGAAUGUGCAUUUGCAUUUACAUUUGGGCCAUUCUUCCAGUGGUUGAUUGGCCAAUAUGGAUGGAAAGGUGCCCUCUUGAUCAUAGGUGGCAUCCAACUCAAUAUCUGUGUCUGCGGAGUGCUGAUGCGACCCUUGAAAAGCAACUGCUGCCUUGAGGCGAGCCAUUCUGAAAUACCACCUGGCAGUGGUGCAUCUAGGAUAGAAAAAGAAGAAAAGUCUUCUACCACCCACAAAACCUUCAACUGGAGGCUUGUGAGGAGACCGGAGUUUGUUCUUUAUGCCAUGUUUGGCAUAUUAGCUGCUAUGAGCUUUUUUGUUCCUCCAUUGUUUUUAGUUCCACUUAGCUACAGCCUGGGAAUAGAUGAAUCUUGGACUGCCUCCCUCCUAUCCAUUUUGGCUAUGGUGGACUUUGCAGGCAGACUGCUAUGUGGCUGGUAUGCCAAUCUCCAUGUUACCAAAACUAUUCAUUUACUGACAAUGACAAUUACAGUGAUCAGCACUUCCUUGAUGCUUAUGCCACUGGCUAACAAUUACCUGUCCUUGGCAAUAUUCACUGGCUUCUAUGGAUUCUUCUUUGGCACAACAGUCGCCGUUCACAUUACAGUGCUAGCGGAUGUUGUGGGCAUGUCAGAUUUUGACAGUGCUCUAGGGCUUUUCAUGCUCAUUCGAAGCACUGGAGGUUUUCUGGGGCCUCCUCUUGCUGGUCUGAUUGUGGACAUGGCUGGAGAUUACAAAGCAGGCUUCUACAUGGCAGGAGCCACUCUUGUCCUAGCAGCUGUAUUUUUAGUUAUUUUAGAUCAAUUUCAACAAAGAAGUGAAAGAGGAAGUCAGACUAAUACUAAACCAGAGAAGUCAACAUUACCAUACCCUUCUCUCCAUUUCCUGAAACUUCAGAACAGAAUUUAUCAAGAACAUGAUGUAGCGGUGUGACUACGUUGGACAUCUUACCACUUUUCAGGACUUAUGGAAGUGUCUGAUUUUCUCCAAAGUCAAUAUUAGUAGGAUUUUUAAAAUGGUGGAUGUUUUGGGUAGGAAUGUUUGAAACAGAGGAAGAAAGUCAGUCAUUUACAAGUAAACAAUACCUGUAACCAUUGCCACAUUAUUUUGAUGUUGAAGUUCCAUUUUAACUUUACAAGUCUUCAGCACAGUCCCAAAAGGCUGUGAUAAGCAAGCUAGAGAAUCUAUGAUCUAAACUAAAUGCUUGCAAGGCUUUAACUGGAAGACAUACAUAAAGUGCAGAAGUGUAAAGUGGAAAAAGAAUGAGAAAUGCUUAAAAAAAAAAAAAAAAAAAAGCUUCAAGAUAAAAUGUAAAAAAUAAAGGCUGCCCAGUUUAGAAACUAAAAGGUUUAGAGAGUAUGAAAACAGCCUUCAAAUUUGUAAUAGUCUGAGAUAAAGAAAACAAAAUUAAUUUGUUUUCUUAUUUAGGCAAUUGGUAAUUGGUAUAAUUUACAGCAAGACAGUGGAAAAAAAAAGCAAUGACAAAAAAACAUAAACCUCAUUAUAGACAGUUAAGCACAGAAAGAGAGUAUAGGGAGAAUAAAAUAGCAUAGAGAUAUCAGAGAAUAGAUGAGACAAGAGAGAGAAUCUAAAUAUAUCCAGUGCUGCCUCAGAAUAGUGGGAUGGACUAAAUGAUUUCCUGAGUUCCUCUUUAGUUCUACAUUGCAAUUAUCCUAAGGCUCUUUGAGCACGUAUCUGAUUUAUGAGAACAAAAAGUCUGUAUCCAAAUCACAUCUUUUUUGUAAUUUUAUUUUAUCUGGGGCAGAGGUAAUAGAAGAGAAGAGAGGAAGGACUGGAUCACAUUAAAAACAAAACAAAACAACAACAAAAAAAAACAGUAAAAGGAAAAAAACGUAGCACUUAGGGGCUUUCAAACUACACCAAAUGUUAUAGCUGCCUUACUUAUGAACUUCAGAGUGUUUUUUCAUUGAAACAUUUUAUCUGUGUAGCCAAGUUUAACAUCAAUCACUCAUCUACAAUAAUUAUUUCUCAUAACAUAGAAAUAAUAAUAAUUUCAAAAUUUUAAUUAUUUUACAGGAAAUUAGCUGAACUACUAGUAAACUAACUAUCUGUGAGGGCUGGAUUACAGAACACACAGUGGGAGAGACACAACUGGCCGCGCAAAGACUUGUAGCAAGGACUUGAAAUUUCUGGCAAAACAUGUUUCAGUCAUUUCAAUUGAUUAACAUAGAUUUCUGUAGAAAUCUAAGUCACUGCAGUGUUCUGAUACUCAAAAUAACCCUUCAUUUUUUAAAUUGAAAGAGGAAUUGUUGGAGGAGGAACGAAUGGAGAGACAUUUAAUACAGGCCAUUUCCUUUCUAUUAAACUUCUGUAUUUUCAAUUAAAAUUCUGUAU